AUGGAUCCGCGGAUUCCCUCCCCCGUCCACCUAUGGAGCCCGCGGCCCUUUGGCACGUUUUCUGCCAACUGUCCCUCCAGCCCGAAGGGGGCGUCUGCCGAUGACAACGCGAUGGGGAAUCCGGCCGAGGAGAAGCUGGGGCCCCACGACAACCCCGAGUGUCUGAGGAGCGGAGAUGACCGCGUCUUGCUGGACACCUGGUACGUCAUCAAACCUGGGAACACCAAGGAGAAGGUGGCCUUCUUUGUGGCCUACCAGUGUGCCGGCAAUGGCGCUUCUCCACGUCCCGGUGGCCCCAAGGUGAAGGGAAGGUGGAGCGCGGGCGGCAGUUCCAGAGCAAAGAGGCGGCGGCACACGCUGGACCCCGAUGCUCCUCCUUCUGUGGCGGAGAUGGUGGCACGGGCAGAAAGCCGAGAGAUGGAAGCUCCUCCACCAAGGCCACCGCUGGUACUGGUGACCUCCUCCGAAGACGGUGAAGAGAGACGUUGUCGCAGCGUGGCGGAAGCCGUGGCUCAGUAUGAAGCGGAACACGCCGAGCGCGAGGUGCGCAUCGCCUUUCGGGUGGCGGAGAGGCCGGGAGAUCCCAUCACAUGUGACUUGUAUCAGUUGCUGAGUCCGGAGCCGCACCGCGUCUGCGUCCUGCUGGAGAAGAUGGAGUCCCAGGCGACGGAUGAGGAGGAGGAAGCCCAGGCGGCCACCUCUGAUUCCGGCUUCCACGUGGACUUGGUGCUCACUGGGGCGGUAGACCGUUGCGUGUUUUAUGGAGGAGAAGCGGGUGAGACGGAACCACUUCCAGGAGAACUUUUCUUCCCUCAUCUAUCUUCUGUCCCACCCCCGCCUCCCCCUCCCCCGCCCCCGGCUCCUCCCCUCUGCCGCCUCUACCGCCACGUCUCCCAUGACUUUCUGGAGAUCCGUUUCCAGGUCCAGCGCCUUCUCCAGCCGCGCCUUUAUCUGCCGUCCUUGCCCGACCACGUCCUCCUGGCCAUCUUCAGUUACUUGUCCACGCAGUCGUUGGCUGCCAUUAAAUGUACGUGCCGGCGCUUCCGGGCGCUGAUCGAGGACUACGGGGUGCGGCCGAGCGACUCGCGCUGGAGCCAGGACCCCCUCUACCGCGACGACCCCUGCAAACAGUGCAAACGGAUUUACAAGCGUGGAGACGUGUCCAUGUGCCGGUGGCACCCCAAGCCUUACCACCAUGACCUGCCCUAUGGGCGCUCCUACUGGAUGUGCUGCCGCCGGCCAGACAGAGCCGCCCCGGGGUGUCAGCUGGGACUUCACGAUAAUAAUUGGGUGCUGCCGGGGGAGGGGACG